AGAAAAAACAGGUACUGCCGUCGUCCCGUCGAGGUAAUUUAGCAGAGUUUCUAUGUUGGAAAGAAAUGGUCGUUAAUAGUAGUUAAAAACAGACAGCUGAAAGUAAGACUGUUUUAAGGAAAGAAGAUGGAGUUUGAGACGACGGAGACUGUACGCUCGACACCGAGUCGCCACGAGAAAAGUUUGGGGCUCCUCACGAUGAAGUUUGUCAGUCUGCUUCAAGAAGCGAAGGAUGGCGUCCUUGAUUUGAAAGUGGCUGCAGACAGCUUGGCAGUGAAGCAGAAGAGGAGGAUAUACGACAUCACUAACGUACUGGAGGGAGUGGGGUUGAUCGAGAAGAAAAACAAGAACAUAAUCCAGUGGAGGGGAGAGAACUCAGGCAGCCAAACUCAGGAGGUGCUGGAGCAGGUGAAGGUUUUGAAGGCCCAAAUCUCUGAGCUGGAGGCCCAAGAGAAAGAGCUGGACAACCAGAAGGCAUGGCUAGAGGAGAACAUCAAACACCUAAACCACGAUCCCAUCACCAGCACUUAUAAAUUUGUCACACAUGAAGAUAUCUGCAAUGCCUUCAGCGGAGACACUCUUCUUGCCGUAGUGGCUCCUGCUGGGACUCAGCUCGAGGUACCGCUACCCGAAACGGGCAAGAGUGGUCAGAAAAAGUACCAGGUGAACCUACGGAGCCACUCGUCUCCCAUCCAGGUCAUGCUCAUCAACAGGGAUUCAGACUCCACAAUACCUGUGGUCUUCUCUGUGCCGCCGACUGACGACGUCUGUCCGAUGCCAACUCCACCCAGCACCCCCGCCAGCCUGCAGAGGUUCCCUCUCUCCACAUCAGUGUACUCCACCUCCACCUCCAACACCACCUCCUCCUCCUCCUACUCCUACUGCAGCCAGGACUCUCUCUGCUCCGACCACCAGAUGGUGCUGCCAGAGCAUGAUGAAGUGCUGACGCCAUCGUCCACGCCUCCUGAUCUGCAAAUGGAGUGUCACAGUCAGUCAGCAGCGAUGUUGGAGCAGCAGCAGAUGGACCUGGCGGGCCCAGAGUUCCAGUCUGUGCUGGACAUAAGCAGCCUGCUGAAGCUCAGCGCUGCUGGAGACCACAUGAAGGACGACAGACAGGGAGCUGUCGAUCUGAUUGAUGAGCUAAUGUCCACGGAUGGAAUAGACUACAGCUUUAACCUGGAAGACAAUGAGGGAGUGUGCGACCUUUUUGAUGUGCAGAUUCUCAAUUACUGAUGCCUAACAGCGCCUCUGCUGUUCACUUGUACAAUCUAAGGAGGCACUUUUAGCCUUUCUCUAAGGACGCUUCAAAGAUGCCUUUUCCCAUUUUUGUUAUAAUUGCACAGUUGGUACUUAAACAUACCAUUGUCAAAACACUUUACACAUAUUUAGACUUCUCUGCUGUUUGUCUGCCAGACAACUACUACACUGUCCUAAGUCAACACGUCACAAAGUGCCUGAAUUAUUUUGCCAUAAGAUAUUUAUGAAUCCACGAGUCAUAAUGUGUCAAAUGUGUCAAAUGUAAUGGUUUACUGGGUAAAUGUGAUUCAGAUAAAUGAGUUGCCUUUAGUGGGAAGUAAGCCAGGACAAGUCAUUUAGCCUCCUACUGCACCUUUGCAUGUAUGUAUUUUUGUAUUUUUCCACAUCCAGUGGAAAUCCUGAGAAUUGACAACUGCUUUACUUUAUGUUUAUGAACAGUUCGGACUGUGAGAGUGUUUUCUUUUAGUUGAUAUUCACAGUAACAUAUACAGGGUUUAUAAUCUAGUUCAGGUUAUACAAGUAAGUAAAUAAUAUUGUGUAAAAACAUAACAUUCCAUAGUUAUAUUUGAUUAAAAAAAAAGGCAUAUUGUAUUUAAUGAGUGAAUGUUUCGGUUACAUGUUGUAACCUUGUUCUCAUAUGUAAGUGCCGGAAAGAUUUAUUUUCUAAAUUAUUGUGACACUGCCAUUUUAGGCCUCUAAAUUUGUUUUUUUUAUAUAUAUAUAUAUAUAUUUUGUGGAAUUAGUUAUGUGUUUGAAUAACUAAUAUUCUUUAUUUAAUUUAAGAUAAACAUUCUUUGUUCUGGUUUGUUUAAAGUGAAGCUGGUUGACUGCCUUAAUUAUAAUAAGAAGUGAUGAAAUAUCAGAUGCUAAGAAUGGCUAUUUUGUAUAUUUACAGUUUUUGUUAAUUACAAGAAGUCAUGUUUUUUUUUGUGACAUUUAGUUUUUUAUUUGCACAUUUUUGAAAAUAAUUUUCAAUAAAUCUUGAUUUUCGAUCUUUUUUUCUUCUU